AAAAAAUUCGGCUGGUGGGACUGGUGUUGAGGGCGAAGUGGGCGGUCCCAAGACACAAGCCUUAAUAGAGAUACAAUCGAGUCAGGCUAGCGCACUGGAUCUUCGACUGGAACGAUGUAGGAGGAGUAAGGAACAUACGAUCGAGCGUCUUCGGGGCCGGGGGGUGGGGGCGGCGGUAGCGGUAAGUAGGGACCUCAGGCCCCUAGUUUAGACAUCACUGUGCGACGGAUGGACAGCCAGUCAGACCCGUUACGGCACUCGCACCAGUACUCGGAAACCUUGAGAAAAUCCUCUGGCCGACGUGUUGCCCCCCACCCCCGAAAGCGCGUGUGCCGGUGCAUUAAUUACAAUUGAGUGACUGUUGAUCAUCAUCGAGUGACCAUGUGGAUAUCCCAGUGCUGAGCCAUCACCUACCACCCACCGCCAAUCCGAGACAAUUUAAAUAGUCAUGAGUGUCGCCCUGGCAGCAAUGGAGACAGCCUACGGCUUGCGCUUGGGUCUUGGUGGUCAUCCCCAUCUUUUCCAUCAUCUCAGCCACCAGCAGCGAUCCCCAUCGCCAAGUCCUAGCCAUCAGCCCACGCAGGGCCUUCCAUUCAGUGUUGUCAACAUUCUUAGACCCGAUUUUGGACGCGACGCAAUCAGGUCAACGUCGCGAACGUCGUGUCUGCCUCAUCCCAGUCCCUCACCACUGCCAAGGGAUUUGACCGUGUCAGGGAGACUCUCUGGCCAAUCAGCCGCGGUACACCGCGAUACCGAGUCCCUCACCGGCUCAACAUCACCACUUCAAAGGCACUCGACCUUAAGUAGAAGCGGAAGUCUCGAGAGUCUCGCGAGCAACCGCAGCUCCGUAACUGGCUCAUCAACCGGAACAGCCUCGUUGUCAUCAGCGGCGUCUACCAUCGGUGCUGAAUCUGUCAGCGGUGAUAGCAUCAUCGGAAGUACCCCACAAACAAAUACCACUUCCGCUGGUGGCCAGAGCUUGUGGCCCGCCUGGGUUUUUUGUACACGAUACUCUGAUCGUCCAUCAUCAGGGCCCAGAACGAGACGCGUCAAACGCACGAACGAUAAAACUCUCUCGGCUGAGGAGAAACGACCGAGGACGGCUUUCAGUGGUGAACAACUGGCCAGGCUCAAGAGCGAAUUCACGGAGAAUCGGUACCUCAAUGAGAGGCGACGACAGCAACUAUCCCGAGAGCUCGGACUCAAUGAGGCGCAGAUCAAAAUUUGGUUCCAGAAUAAACGGGCAAAAAUUAAAAAAUCUACCGGACAAAAAAAUCCACUCGCUCUGCAACUGAUGGCACAGGGACUGUACAAUCAUACGACAGUGCCUGUUGAUGAGGAAGGGGAGGAAAUCAACGCUGGCUUCCAGCAUUGAAUUUUGAGGGCAAGAGAAAAAUUGCCGACGACCUGAGGCCACUAUUGGCCUGGAAAUUUCCAGAAAGUCCACUUUUUCAAUUAUUUCGUCAAUUCUAAUUUGUUUCAAAUUUAAACCUUCCAAAUUUCAAUGAAACAAUCGUCGUUAAAUAUCAGCCAAGUUGGGAGGAAACAGGUCUCACGUGAAAGCCCUAGUAUGGGAUAGUGCGUUUUUUUCUGGAAUUAAUAUCAGGUAUAUUCUGUAUAGACUGAACAUCAGGUGUAGAUAAUCUACGACUCAUAUCAUCAAAGCAUCGAUUUAUUUAUGCUAUACAAUUUUUUAAAUUGGACAUAUUGCUGUGAAUAGGCCAAUUGCCGUACUGUACGCGUUAAGAAGUAUCGUAAUGAAGUACUGUUAGAUUCUAUUGGAGAAAAAUAUCAGUUAUGUUGAGUACAUUGAAUAAUUUGUAAAUAAACAUAGAGUUUAAGAGGUGUAAGAAUAAUCAUACAGUUUAUGCUACAUAAUUCUUCCGACUAGCAAUGAUCUCACUAUAUUUUGUCUCCCUUUCCUACUGUUGUAAAUACGUAUCCAUAAUGAUGAUAUAAUUUAUCGCUAAUGACUGAGAGAAAUGGGAACGAACGAGUUAUCACGCGAUUUCUUCUCCAGCGUGUUAUCAUGUAUUUAUGGAACUUAUAAAUGGGCUACUGUUAUGUAUUAAAAAUGCAAUAGAAAAAAAAA